AUGUCGGAUUUGAUUGAAUUACAGAGGAGCUACCUAUUAGGGGUUUUAAACCAGAUCGAAACAAAGAACAACUUAAAGUUUCUUAUCAUCGAUAAAACAGUGGAGACAAUACUAAGUUACCUGUUCCUCACACCUCGAGAAUUGCUAAACAAUGUUACUUCUGUAGAUCUGAUCGAUUCACCUACUAGGAAGGGUCAAUCUUCCAUUGACGCUAUCUACAUAUUGGAGCCCACCAAGUUCAACAUCAAUUGUAUCGACGCUGACUAUAUGGUGAGACCCCCCAAAUACAGAAGGUGCCAUAUUAGGUUCUUACCGGGGCUAACGAAUCCCAUAUUUCAGUUCUUCCAAUCAAAACGUUACAUUGGCCAAAACCUUGACUCAUUCAAGCCCAUUGAAUUGGGGUUUUUCGUUAAAGAAGCUCAAUUGUUCCAGACUUUACAAAUGGAAAAUUCGUUGCAGGUUUUUUUCAAUAAGAACUGCCAAGGUCUAAUUCCUACUAAUGUGAGGAAGAUUGUGGGCUCUUUGGUGAGCUUAUGUGUCAUUACUGGAGAAUAUCCGAUUGUUAGAUAUUUUGAACCAAAUCCUUUAGAUGAAGAAGAUGCUCGUGACUCAAAUCCCGUGGCAGGCUCAAAUUCUUUGACCAGGUCCAUUGCAAAUGCCUUCCAAAUAGCGAUAGAUACCUACGCUCGUAAUAACCCCGAAUUUCCUCCUCAAAAUACUGAGAGGCCACGUUCAAUUUUGAUGAUAACUGAUAGAACAUUGGAUCCCUUUGCCCCUAUAUUACAUGAUUUUAGUUAUCAGGCAAUGUCUUACGACUUGGUCUCAAACGUGGAUACACAAAAGGAUACAUACCACUAUUUUGCAGAGAAUGAAGCCGGUGAACAAGAGGAAAAGACUGCGAAAUUAGUAGAUCUAUCUGAUCCUGACUGGGUUGAUUUAAAACAUCAGCACAUCAUGGAUGCGAAUGAGUACAUUCAAGGUAGAAUCAAGGAACUAAUCGCCAAAAAUCCGCUGUUGGUUGAUAGAUCAAACGUUAAAAAUACUACCGAUUUAUUAAGUGUGGUGGCACACUUAAAAGAUUUCGACGAGGAAAGAAGAAGACUGAUUUUACAUAAAACUUUAAUUGAUGAAUGUUUAAAAGAAAAUGCGGAGAGAAAACUGGCUGAUACGUCCACUAUUGAACAGAGCCUUUCCGGAUUCGGGUUGGAUUUUAACGGUGAAAAGACAAGACAUAUCAUUGACGACCUCUUACCUUCUUUAAUGAUGAAGGAGCCAACAACACUAGAUAAGCUACGUUAUAUAAUUGCGUAUGCUCUUUUCAGAGGUGGCAUUAUUGAGUUGGAUUUUAUCAAACUAUUAAAUUUUAUCGGGAUUAAUCAUGAACAUGAAAAUUUCCAGCAGUAUCUGACAAUAUUCAGAAACUACAGUUUAAUUGAUUUUAAAUUGAUUAAAGAUAAGCCAAAGGACAAACCGUUCCAAAAAGAAUGGUUCCAUGAUACGUUAGUAAAUGAUCCAAAUAUAUUCCACACUUCAAGAUUUGUUCCAGCUGUAGGAAACAUCUUGUCCAAGGUCAUCGCGAAUCCGUUAUUAUUGAGUGAGCAAUAUUUCCCCUAUUUAAAGGAUAAACCGAUUGAGCUCUUGAAUGAAGAAGAAUUUCAGGCAGGCUUAGUUAAUACUUCUGCCAAUUCCUCCUCGUCAUUAAGGAAUCCACGCCAUAAAGCAGCUUGGACCACGAAAAACUCGAGCUUAAAAAAAAGCAUACCAAGACAAAGGUUUUUUUAUUACGUUAUUGGUGGUAUAUCACUUUCUGAAAUAAAAGCAGCAUACGAUCAAUCAAACUUGAAAAAUAGAGAUAUAUUCAUUGGUAGUGACGAGAUUUUAACUCCAAUGAAGUUCUUACAUGAAGUGAAACAUUUACAAAAUCCAAGAGAAUUCUUCAAGUUUAAAGAAGAUCAACAGCAGCAAACGAACCCUCCGGAUUUCCUUUUGAAAGAAAUGAAACCAGUGGCACAACCCGUCUCCCAUAUUCAUUUGAGAAGCCAGAAUGAUGGACCCAAACCAGGCAGUUCUAGUCCAGCUGUAGCAGGCUCUCCAAACCAAGAGCUGCCUGAAAAGGAAAAGAAGCGCAGUAAAUUCUCGAGAUUCCUGAAAAGAAAAUCCCAUCACGAUAAAUGA